CUCUUCUGGUAUCAUCAUUCCUCUGAACCUACUGAAAUCUCUCCCCCCCUCUCGCUCUCUCUCUGCUUUUCUAUACAUGGCAACCUCUCUACUGUCACCUGUCUCAGUCCCGAAUCCGGGAAUUGGGGGAACCACUCAUGGUCUCAGGAAGUCCCCUUUCCUUUCCAACACCAAGCUUUUCUUCUUUACAUCCUUUUCUUCUCCAUCUGCUUUUCACUCCAGGAAACAAGGACUUCGUGGAUGCUAUAAAUCUCCCUCUGCAAAGUCCCUUGACCACAUACCGAAGAAGUUCAGGCAGGAGAAUCUCAAGGAUGGAUUGAUAGAAAAUUACAAAAAUGCACCCCAAUACCUAUAUGGUCUUCCUCCUUCACAGAUGGACAUGUUUAUGACUGAAGAUGGUCCAAUUCGCCGACAGUCCGAAAUAGUUACAGAGGAAAGCAUUUCAUCUGCAAGCAACUAUUUGGAUCAGGGGGGAAUGUGGAGCCUGUCUAGCAAAAAUGAUAUGGGGCCUUAUGAUAUGAGUGUGAGCAUGUAUCGUGGAGGUGCUGCAGGAUACGGAAGACCUGAAACUGCUCCUCCUGAUUUGCCUUCUUUGCUUUUAGAUGCUAGGAUAAUCUAUCUAGGCAUGUCGAUUGUACCAGAAGUGACUGAGCUCCUUGCUGCUCAGUUUAUGUGGUUGGAUUAUGAUAACCCUUCGAAGCCUAUAUAUUUAUACAUAAAUUCAACUGGAACCCAGGAUGAGAAUCAGGAGACUGUUGGUUCUGAAACAGAUGCCUUUGCUAUUGCUGACACCAUUUCUUACUGUAAAUCAGAUGUAUACACGAUCAACUGUGGCAUGGCGUUCGGUCAAGCAGCGAUGAUUUUUUCUGCUGGAACCAAGGGUUUUCGUGGUGUGCUGCCAAAUUCAUCAACAAAGUUAUAUUUACCCAAAGUCAGCAAAUCCAGUGGAGCUGCAAUAGAUAUGUGGAUUAAGGCUAAGGAAUUGGAUGCAAAUGCCGAUUACUACAUUGAGCUAUUGGCGAAAGCAACUGGGAAACCCAAGGAAGAGAUUGCCAAGGACAUCCAGCGACCUAAAUAUUUCCAAGCACAAGAAGCCAUAGAUUAUGGCCUUGCAGACAAGAUACUUAGCACAGAGGAUGUUGCAUUUGAAAAACGGGAUUAUGAUGCUAUGCUUGCUCAAACAAAUGCCAUGAAGAGAGCGGGACAAAGUCCGCAAGCAGCUCCAUCAGGAUUUGGUAAAAUGUAAAUGGUGAAGCAGUAGCAUCGUGCUAUAAUACCAUGUAGGUUCUUAAGCUAGACUGCUCGUGUUUGGUAUAUGAGGCCAUGAAAGCCUCGUUAAUUUUGGGGUUUUUUUAUUUGAUCCUGUCAUAACAGUGCGACGAUCUCUCUUAUAUGAUCAGGUAGCUUAAGCUAGAUUUUCUGUUUCUACUUACUGUAUAUCAAACAAAAGAUAGGCGCCGUUCACUUUUAACACUGAAAGAUUUUUUUGUUACAAA